AGCCGCCACGCAUCCUUCCUGACACAAGACAAGUGCCACCGUCCCGAUCGCGGGUCUCCUCUUCCUCCAGCUCUUCCUCCUCCUCUAUACAGUGCCUCAUGAACCCUUACCUACAAAUCAAGGUCACGUUGGGCGUCCGAGCGGGAGCAGUGAGGGCGGAGGCGCUACUGGCGGGCAGGGCUCCGGACCGCUGCUUCGACCCACUCACCACGCUCGCGACUUCUGCUGUCUUGUGAUUCUCUUUCAUCAUAAUAUGGAAUAGCAGUGACUCUUUCAUCUCUGCACAACUGACGGACUUUCCGAUCGUCCCCGUCUGUCACCUCCGUUGUAGCGUGGAGGCGGCGUCCAUUGUGAGGGCCGCCACGCUGGGGACAUGGCCGAGAACAAGAAACUUACCACCAAGAAGGGCGGUGGAGGUGGCGGGUUGUACGGCGCCGUGCUUGGUCUGCAAACCCCGGUGUAUUUGGACGACACACUGGGGCUGAUCGAGGCCGGGCCGGGGGAGGUGGAGGGUGGCACCGGAUAUCAGAGCAGCAGCAGCGCGCGGGAUUACAGCUGGAGCUCCCAGCACAGUAGAAGCUCCGGUGGAAAACGAAGCUUCGACUCCACGUACGAGGCGGAGUUAGGCAGCGGACACCACAAAGGCAGCCGCACCUCCAGCUCCAGCUCGCAGCACACCAGUCGUUCCGCCAGCAACCGGAGUUCCGUGGCGAGUUACAAGAUCACCACUAAAGAGGGCACAUACGACCUGUGGCGAGGACACACCCGCACAGGAAGUGUCUCCAGUACAGACAGCGGCAGCAGUGACGAGGUGUACAGCAGGACCAGCUCCUCCUCCUCGUCCACACACUGCCACGACAUCGUCACCGAGGCGCCAGAGGACAAGCUGCCUCUCGUCAAACUCUCCGUGGCCGCCUUCCUCUCCCUUCUCUUCACGCUGCUGGAGUAUGUCGGCGGCUAUUACUCCUCCAGUUUAGCAGUUCUGUCCAGCGCCGGGCAUCUCAUGAGCGACUUCUGCGGGUUCGUGGUGUCCUUGGCAGCAAUGUGGCUGGUCAGGCGGCCCCCCUCCACCACCAUGAACUUUGGCUACUACCGCGCAGAGGUGCUGGGUUCCGUGGCAAGCGUCCUGGUGGUGUGGGUGGUGACGGGACUGCUGGUGGGGGCGGCCGUGCAGCGCCUCCUCAACCAGCCCUUCACCCUUGACCCAGAUGUGAUGCUUCUCAUGGCCUCCGUAGCGAUCGCCGUCAAUAUUUCCAUCGCUGUCAUCCUCCACGGCUGCGGCUGCCACGGUUACUUCCACGGGGCUCAAAAAUCAACAAACAACAAGAGUCUCAAUAUGCGGGCCGCCCUAGUGCAUUUUGUAGCCGAUGUCCUGCAGACCCUCGCUGUCCUCGUGGCUGCCAUCAUCGUCAAGAUAUGGCCUGAGUAUCAAAUCGCUGAUCCCAUCCUGACCUUCGUGUUCGGUUUCAUCGUGGUGGUGACAACGCUGCCCAUCAUCCGGGAGCUGGCGCACAUCCUGAUGCAGGGCGCCCCGAGGAACGUCAACUACCUUACGCUCCUCAACGACCUGGAGGGACUGCCUGGAGUGAGGACCGUACACAACCUUCACAUCUGGUCACUCACACUAGACAAGAACGCUCUCUCGGUUCAUCUUGGGAUAGAUCAAAGCUUCGACGCGGAGACAGUUCUGGACGAAGCUCAGAGGCUCAUCCUGAAGAACUACCUGGUCUAUAACUCGACCAUCCAGAUCGAGCGCUACGCCAGGGAGAUGGACACCUGCAAGAAGUGUCAAACGCCCGUCAGUUAAUACGAGUGAAGCCUGGAGAGGAGUCAGCGGUGUCAGCAGCGGCAGGUAUAAUCAGACAAUAGUUAGGAAUCAUUUUCAAGUUAAAUCAGCACAACUUAUUGAAACAGGAACAGGAGUAUGCGUGAUGGUGGCAACGAUAGUGGCGGCAGUGAAGGACACACACACACACACACACACACACACACACUUUUCCAUCUACUCUCCACACUUCCUCUCGUCGUUGUUCAUAUUGAGUUUCGAGUUUUAGUUUCAGUGUUUUAUUUCAUAUUAUUCAAAUUAAUUAGUUCUUAUCUCAACACGUAUUCAUUAUAGUAUUCAUUAUCUUACCUAAGUUAAGAUUUUGUUUUUUUUCAAGGGCUAUUUUUUCCUUAUGUUUUCUUUUUAUUUUUCCAUGUGAGUAUAAUAAAUAGUUUGGAUCACA